AUGGAGUUGCGGGUUACCAGAGAAUUCCGUGCUUCUCCCCGUGUCCAGAACAAGCUAGAGCUGCAGGGGAGGGUGUUUAAGGAGAGGUUGGUACAUGAUGCUGUGUCCCUGCUGUGUGUGCAGGACCCCAAGUACCCAGCAGAGAACCUGCUGAGUGAGGAUAGCAUAUGGCCCUGGCUUGUCUGCCCCAAGGACCACAGCAGGCAGCUGAGUGUGGAGCUGUGACUAAAGAGAGCCAGUCCUAUUGGCUAUGUUGAUAUGGAUACUUCCCUCUGUGUCUUUCUUCAGUUUGAGGUGGGAUGCUCCUCAUGGCCCCGUGACCAGCCCUCUCUCACCUUGGUGCCCACUGUCACACUGAUGACACCAGCUGACUCAAACCUGGACCCGAAUCACUGCAGGGUUCAGAUGUUUAUGUCCUGGGUGGCACAGCAACAGAGCAACAAGCAGAGGAACUCAGUGUGUCCAGAACUGCAGCUCACCUGCAGCCAGCCCUUCAGUCCAUGCAGCUGCUUUGGGCUCUCCUUCAUCCACCUGUGCAAACCACAGGGGUAGGAGCCUGACCUGCCACGGCCACCCCUGGACACACAGGGGCCCCCUGCUCACAUCUGUCAUGGUGAUGUUGAUGGUAGUGCGGCGCCGGGCAGAGCGGGUUUUGCACCCAGAGUCGAGCGAGAAGUCACCCGCGAACUUGGCGCUGCUCUGGAGCUGCGACGGCGUCUCAGAGUG